AGUGCCCCGGCCGGCUCCGCAUCGCCGCCCGCUCGCGCCGACGGGACCAGGGGCUGCCCCACCGCUUCGCCUUACGCAGGGCGGCCGGCACCGCCAGGGCGCCUCAGCCGCGCCGACGCAGGCUCCCUUCGAGCCGCCGGCCUGUACCGGCAGACCGGAGCGGCCCCGCUCUGAGUGUGCCCGGCCGCUAAUUAAGCUUCACGGUGUGCCCCCCGUCAGGGCUGCCUGAGCUCCCCGCCACCGCGGAGCCCUCCCCAAGGGCCGGGACGUGCUCCCGCUGCCACCGCCCGGCCGCCACCACUGAGUGGGUGGUGCCUGAAGUGGUUGGCCAUGCUGUCGUAACGGUAUUAAUGCUUAUUUCGUUGCACUGGUUCAUCUUUCUCCUUAAUUUGCCAGUAGCAACAUGGAAUAUAUAUAGGUACAUUAUGGUGCCAUGUGGAAACAUGGGGGUAUUUGACCCCACAGAGAUCCAUAACCGAGGACAACUGAAAUCACACAUGAAGGAAGCCAUGAUUAAACUAGGCUUUCAUCUGCUCUGUUUCUUCAUGUACCUUUACAGUAUGAUUCUGGCUUUGAUAAAUGAUUGAGAAGUUGAAAAAGAACCGUUAGCUGCCAAAUUGGGUCAUCGCUCCAGUGACUGGUUGUGGAGCCACAGCCACCCUCCGAACAUACCUAGAUCAGUGUCAUCGUGCAGUAUAUUUUACCUCUUUGAACAAGAAAUAUUUUUUUCUGAAUUUUUAACAUAAAAUAUUUUCAAAAGACAUUG